GAGGCAUCGAAACUUGUUAAUAAACCAUCAAAAAUUCAUAUCAACCUUUCCAAGACUUCAUCUAAUGAAAAACGAUCUGUUGGUUUCAUUAUUCCUGAAAAACUUAAUAAUAAUUCUCAAAAUGUUUCGACUGCGGUAGGAGUUGACGAUGAUUCUACCGAUUCUACUGUUGUUUCCACCCCUAUUGAUGAAUUUUUCUUGGAUUCACCCGGUGCUUCCUCAAUUGACAUUUCGGUUCGAGAUUUAACUUCUGAUAUUUUGGUUGCUCUCGUGGAUCGUGACGUAGAAAUUAAAGAUCUUUUCGUCCGUAAUCAAGAUUAUUUUGAUUUUGUCAAACAAACUGCCUUCUCUUCCGAUGUUCGCUGGCAAGAAUUUCUUAAUGUUUUAUUCUCACCACGUGAAAAAAUUCCCGAUUUUGAUUGGAUGAACACAAUCUCUAAUCCGAUUGGUGAUAUGGAUAUCGCUUCUAUACGUGACUAUCCAAAAUCUUUGGAAUAUCUUGAAAAAUCUUAUCCUCAAUUUUUUGCCAAUGCCCGUCAAGUCUUGAGUCUAGAAAGUCACCGUAAAGGUAGCAUUUUAGGUGGAAAUCAUUUGACUGAUGAUAUACCUCUUCAGUCUGAAAAUGAUGCCAUAGUUAACGGCAAUAAUUCUGUAACAACUCUCUACGAUGAAUUUAAAAGAAUUUUACUUUGUCCAAGAUCUGAAAUGAACGAUGUUAAUUGGGACAUCUCUAUUUAUGAACUUUUGGACCCUUGGCCACAGCUUGUUGCCCAGUUUGAAGAAAUUAUUGCUCAUGAAAUUAAUGA